AAGGAAAAAAGGAAAACCCUAGAGAGGAGAUAUAACAAAAUCUCUCCACAGUUACAGAACGCAAAAGACGAUAUUCUCAUUUUUACCUUCGGCGUCAAGUUUGUUGUUGCUUACGGCGGAAGGAAGCUACCAUCACAAACCAUGGAGACCAAUGGAGAGAGACCGUACUCUGUUCUAACGAGGGAUGAAGUUGAAGAAAAGAUGAAGAAACAGAUCGAUGAUAUCUCUCAAAUCUUCUUGGUAUCAAAAUCCGAUGCGACCGUACUCCUCAUCUCUCUCCGAUGGGACUCGCUUCGUGUUUCAGAUCGUUUGGAUGUAGACAAGGAGAAAGUGUUGACUGAAUCAGGUUUGAAAGCAGUUGCAACUGAUUCGAAUCUUGAUUCAUCUGAUGUUUCUUGUGGGAUUUGCUGUAAGAUUGCUGGUGAGUUUUUUGAGUUUGAUGAUGAUGGUAAAGUUGAUGCUGAUGAUGUUGAUGUUGAUGUUGCUGGUGAUGAUUUGAUCUCCACACCCUUUUGUGCUCACAAGUUCUGCAAAACUUGUUGGAGCGACUAUCUUGACAAGAACUUCUUCUCUGUGGAAGAAAACAAAGCUGCAAUUCCUUGUCCUCAGCGAGAUUGCCGAGGUGUGGUUGGACCGGACACAAUUGAGAAACUGACCGUACGUGAUCAAGAGAUGUACCAGAAGUAUGUUCUGAGAUCUUACCGUGAGGAGAACCGGGAAUGGAAGAUCAAACAGUGUCCUGCACCCUAUUGCAGUUACGAGAUUGAGUUUCAUCGGGUGAAAGAAGAUGACGAGCACAGCUUAAACGUGGUGUGUCUCUGUGGUUAUAUCUUCUGUUGGAGAUGCAUGCUUGAGUCACACAGACCAGUGACAUGCAACAACGCUACUGAUUGGCUGUGUGGACACUUGAAGAACUUAUUAGAAGAAUCAGUCAAAGUAUCGAGCCUCUCCUGGAUUGACAACAAUACGAAGCCUUGCCCUCACUGCUAUUGUCCUAUGCAGGUUGAUGAUUUACAAUGGGGACCGUUCGUGACUUGUGCCUGCAGUGGUCGUUUCUGUUGGACGUGUUUGAUUCCAGAGGAUGCUCACGAAACAGGAUAUGGUGUAGCCUGUGUUGCUCCGGAUCUUGGGAGCAGAGCCGAACCGGAUUUUUCUUUUUUGGAUCUCUGGGAGGCGAGUCAGGUUUCACUCGAGCUAGCUAAAUCCGAUCUAGAAGCAUUCGAGGAAUCCGAAAUCAAGACUCCGAGUGACUUGAUGGAGCAAGACAUUAAGGUAAUAAGAGAAGGAUUGAUGCUGGUUGUUCAGUGCAGACAGUUCCUUAAAUGGAGCUGUGUGUACGACUAUCUCCACACAGAGUAUGAUACGGCGAAGAGAGAGUACCUCCGGUUCCUACAAGAAAACGCAGCAGCCCUUGUCUUGAGUUACUCAAAGACUAUAAAGGAGGAAGCAGAAAGGGCCAAGAAGCUUAAUUGCGACAAGAGCAAGUUAUCCAAUGAGGCGAGCAACAUUGGGAACUACUUUUACCAUUUCAUCAAGACUUUACGAGAUGGUUUGUCCGAGGUGAAGGCGAAGUCCUAUGACAACUAUGGUGGCCCUCAUUGGUUGUGCGAUCGCUGCACAUAUGGCAACUCUUGGUUCCAGAAUGCAUGUAAGAUGUGCUGUGAUGCUACUGCAUCUAAUGCGGAAAAGCUAAGCGACUGAUCACUUGACUUAGUUUCUUAAGGAUAAUCAAAAGACUUUAAGGAGACAGGAAGAACUUUGGACUCUUUUUUCUUUUCAUUUUCUUUUUGUUUUAGGAGGUUUGUAUUGGACUACCAAUUUGAAUUGGAUUUUUUCUUCUUUCGUCAUAAUUCACUGUUACGAUGCUUUGUAGUAAGCAACGUUGCUUCUACCUUAAUGGCUCUUAUGUUCUCAAAAUCCAUAAGAAAAAAUUUGGUUCU